UUUUACGUUGUGUAUACCAUCAUUCUAAAUUUCUGCUUUCUUUCUUGAUUCUUGUUGUUCUCUCUUGGAAAGUUUAGAUUUUUGUUUAACUAGCUGGGUUGAUCAUAUUCAAAGGACACCCACUAAGGAAUAUGCUUUAAAGAUUAUCAAGAAAAGGAUUAUCAGAGUAAUUUAUGAUCAAAUUUGAGUUUCAGCAGUAACUUUUGGUGGAAGAAAUCUUUUCUUGUGGGAUUGAAAAUUGGAUUUUAAAGGAGAGAUUAUGAAACUCUGCCUUUUGGAAUUAGGAAAUUUAUCAUUACAAGAGGGUCCAUAUAAUUGAAAAGAAGUUUUCUUUAUUUAUGGUUUUACAGAAAUUUUGAUCAUAAAUAGGGAUUUUGACCUGAAUAUGUUAGGCUGUAUUAAUGUAUUAGAUGAAUUCAAGGGUUUGGUUCUGCUUUCACUACUAUAAUUCCAUCGUAAUUAGUGUGUAUGAGUUUUUCUUUUCCGGUACAAUAUUUAUCUGUCGAUUAAAUUGGCACUUCUUGAUCUUUUUGCUGUUAAAAUUUUGCUGUAUAUUCAUACUUAUGAAUUUCAUCCAACCAAGUCGGAAGCUUUUGAAUCUUUGAGUUCAAUUUGUUGAAAAAGGAUAAGUGAUUUUGAGGGUAAUAAUUGUUGCAAACAGUGACAAUGGAGUAUGGUGAACGGGUCCAAUUGAAUCCCCCCUUGGCCGAAAAUUUGUUCUGUGUAUAGGAUAUAAAAAAAUUCUUUUGGUAUAUAUAACUUUUUGAAUCCCCUUUAUAUAAGGAAAACUUUUAGUGUAGUGUUUGUUUGAAUCCCCUUGUUAGAAUUUCUGAUUCUGCGGCUGAGCAGAGAGUGCCACAUUAUGCCCUAUACACUUUAUGAUAAUAGAUGCAGACUUAGGAUACCUACAUAUUUAAGAAGUUUUUCAACUUUAUGUGCAACAGUUUGAAUUGAAAGCAACGGGUGGUCCCCCAGUUUAUAUUUGUCCAAGUUUUUCCUGUUUAUAUACAAUAAUUUGAACCAAAAGUAAUGGAUUAGCCUGCGAUUUCCCCGAGCUCACAUCUCUGUUUCGAAUUUAGGUCUUAUUAUGGCAAUAGAUAUUGUACGAUUGUUUCCUCUGAAGAAUCUUCUAAAUGCUUAGGCUUCUUCUGUUUACUCUUAUAGAACUCAGAAUGCCGACUGCAAAUCCUGAUCAAGAAAAUGAAUUAUUUGCUGAGGUUGAUCCAUCCGGGAGGUUUGGACGGUACGAGGAGCUUCUAGGCCGUGGUGCAGAGAAGAUGGUGUAUAGGGCGUUUGAUAUUGCGGAAGGCAGAGAAGUCGCCUGGAAUCAGAUUAAAUUGAGCAGAUUCCAUGGCGACUCUUUCAUCAUCAAUAAGAUAUAUUCUGAGAUCAAGUUGCUGAAGAACUUGAAGAAUGACAACAUCAUAGUCAUGUACCAUUUCUGGAAGGACUGUGAGAAGAACAUUCUGAAUUUCAUAACUGAGGCAUGUGCGUCUGGUAAUUUGAGGGAAUACAGGAAGAAGCAUCGUCAUGUUUCGAUAAAGGCCUUGAAGAAGUGGUCGAGACAGAUACUAAAAGGCUUGGAUUAUCUCCAUACUCAUGACCCUUGUGUCAUUCAUAGAGACCUCAAUUGCAGUAAUAUCUUUAUCAAUGGUAAUGUUGGAAAGGUAAAGAUUGGUGAUCUUGGUCUGGCAACAAUUGUAGGGAAGAACCAUGCAGCACAUACUCUACUAGGAACACCAGAGUAUAUGGCACCAGAGCUUUACGAGGAGGACUACACCGAGUUAGUGGACAUCUACUCAUUUGCAAUGUGCUUGAUUGAAAUGGCUACUAUUGAGAUACCUUACAGUGAAUGUGACGGUAUAGCAAAACUAUACAAGAUGGUAACUGCUGGAACAAAGCCUCAAGCUCUUAACAGGGUGAGCGAUCCUGAGUUGAAGGCCUUCAUUUUAAGGUGCAUCGGGCAGCCAAGAGCAAGACCCCCAGCCGCUGAACUGUUGAAGGAUCCAUUCCUUUCUGAUGUUGUCAGUUAUGAUGAGAAUUAAUGAUCUUUGAUAGCUGAUUCAUUUUGUUGAAAUUUUGUUAGUUAUUGAGUAAUAUUCCUCAUUGUAGCUCAAUAUUAUUUUUGGAAUAAAUCUGUUCUUGAUCAUGCAAUAUACAAAAGACAGUCUCAGUAUCCCACCUUUUCUGCUCAAUAGAAGUUAGAAAGUGUUGCAUAGAGAUCCAUUGAGAUGUAUAGUUU